UUUCCCUGCAAAAUUCUUCGCCUCCCCGGAGGAUUUUCAAUCGUGUCUUCUUCAAUUUCCCCUUCUUCUUUUUUUCAUAUUAAUGUUAGGUGCUGGACGACAGUCUCUGUCGUUUGAAUGUUAGGUUGUCGUUUUUCGCUGCCCCCCGUCCUUUUUCAUUGUGCUCGUCGAGAUACGACAUCUUUAGCUGAUGGGGACUGAGAUUUGAAGUUCGUAAAGUUUGCUCCUCGGUGGUGCCGAGGAUAUAUAGACGUGUUCGGUGUCCCGUGCCGUCGAAGCUGUCUUCUGGGAGAUGUGGGUUCUUCUUCUGCGGUAGAUUGCUUGCUGUUAAGUGGGUACUGGGUCGUCCUGUUUUUCAGCACUCGCUAUGAAUUUGCCUGUCGAGCGUGCCCCUUUUUGCUGUUAGAGGGUGAGUGGUGAUAGCGAGUUGCUCUGGCAAGCACUCUCAACUGAGGCCAGGCUAAUUUUUCCGUGAUGCCUACCGAGUGCAUCUGUUUCUUUAACUUCUCCUAAUAGCAUCGCUUGUGAAGCCUUGUGUCCUUACGCCUUCCGUAGGAUGUGGAAUUUUGGACCCAACAAUAUUGCUGGAAAUGCUGGGUCGAAAAGCGAGCAUCGAAAAUCAACUCAAGCUGGAUCAGAAUGCUCAGAUGAUGAGGUCUCUUCCAUUAUUAGCAGAGAGGAAGGUCUGGAGUGCCCUAUAUGCUGGGAAUCAUUUAAUAUAGUUGAAAAUGUUCCUUAUGUCUUGUGGUGCGGCCAUACCCUUUGCAAAAACUGUAUUUUAGGAUUGCAAUGGGCUGUUGUGAAGUUUCCUACUCUACCAAUUCAGCUUCCGCUCUUCAUCUCCUGUCCAUGGUGCAAUCUCUUGUCCUUCCGUCUGGUUUAUAAGGGCAACCUUAAGUUUCCCCGAAAGAAUUAUUUCUUGCUCUGGAUGGUCGAGAGCAUGAAUGGUGACAGAGGCAAAGUGUGCUCUUCCUUCUGUGAAGAUCGUCAGCCACAGUGGUCAUCAAACGGUAAUCCAUCUCUGGGAAGUCGAGUGAGCCGGGGCAACUUGAGGAGGGUGCAACAUGUCCACCGUACUGAGUCAGCUGGAUCAAGUCAUGAUCAAAAUCGUGUGAAUGUCUCUCUCAAUAUGGAAAGAAUACAUUCUUCCUUGCAGAAAUCUCUGGUUUUCUUUGUUCAUCUGACAGCAAAGUUCCCUCUAGUUAUCAUAUUCCUCCUCAUUGUGCUAUAUGCAAUUCCUGCCAGUGCAGCCAUCUUGGCCUUGUACAUGCUCAUCACGGUUCUUUUUGCUCUCCCCUCCUUUCUCAUCUUGUACUUUGCAUAUCCUAGCUUGGACUGGCUUGUCAGAGAGAUCAUCACUUAGAAGGCCAGUUGCUUUUGCCUAUUUCAUUGUGAAUAUUAGCUUCCAUCUGCAAAAACUACCCUCAUACAUAUAUAAAUUUGUUGAAAUCUCACCUUUCAUGGCAUUCUCGGCUGCUCAUAAAUCUGUCAUCUCAUUAUCUCCCCUUUCAUCAACUAGGCUCAUUGGGCAUGUAAUUAAACUUUGUCACAUCUUUUCUGCAACUCAUCAUCAGUGUGAUUUGACAACUGUGUUUUUGUGCUGGUUCUUCAUCCAUAGAGCUACUCACAAUAACUCUCUGAGCUAGGACUAUCUCAUCCGGAUGCAACCAUACCUGUAUUGGAGCUCUCCAGGAAUUUGCUGCCAGAGGCUGCUAUGUCUUCUUUAUGUGGUGGGGCUUUUAUGGAAUAAGGAGAGGAAAUACUCUGUGUAGUGGCUUUUAGUUGAUUUGAAAAGCUGUUAGUAUGUAUGGAGAUCAAUGUUAAAAAUGAAAUCUUUGUUCGAUUAUUCCAGUGGAUAUGGUUUGUGGCUUUGUAAAGGAACAAUUUAUCUGUGCACUUUCUUUUUAACCAGUGGAUUGUCAUGAAGUGAGGUCUUUCUUUC